AUGUCUUCUCGUGCUCCGUCCCCUGCCCAGCUGCAGUCAACUCUGUUGCAUGCUCAGGCACUGCAUGGCCACUCAUCUGCCCACCUUGAAAUGCUCCUUUUCCGUUACAUUGAGACCCUCCCUAUCAACCAUGCUAUGCGUGUUGUCGGUCGCUGGCCCGAGGAUUCCGCUCCCGGUGUCUAUGCCGCCUCUGUCCUGGGUGCCCUUCCUGCCAACUACUUCCAGCAGCCCCGACUCCUGCCGGUUGGUCCUCGCUUUGUUUUCAUGAACGGAAUCUUGACGCUCGCACGCAUUGAUGAGGCACUACCCAUGCAGCAGCUCCACCCUGAUUCGACCACCGGAUGUGUUGGCACCUCGAUUCUUGAUGUACUGCCUUCCCCUCUGUCUCAGCGCCGCCUUCGUCCUCUGAACAGCUUCAUGAUAUUUCGCAGUUUCUGUUCGCCCAUGUUUCCUGGCAUCCCACAGAAGGUUAAGUCUACAGUCAUCAGCCAGCUCUGGGAAGAAGACACUAUGAAGCCUCAGUGGGCCGUCCUUGCCAAGGCUUACACCCUUAUCCGUGACCACUUCGAAGUUGAUCAUCCUUCGCUCCCUGCAUUUGUCAAACUCGUUGCUCCCCUCAUAGGUCUUGGUGAGCCCGAUGUCUACCUUAAGGCGUGUGGCUGGAAAAUCCGACAGGCCGACGAUCACAUGGAAAUCGUUCGCGAAGGAAACAGCAAUGUUCCUCGACAGUUCUCUCCCAACCCCUUGAGUGUCUACCAGGUUGUCCAGUUCUGCGAGGCUUCGGGCUACGCUAAGCCUCGUGAUGGGAUCGCAGAGCCCCAAAACUGGAUCAUUGACACUGUCCCUCAGUGGCCCAUUGAAGAGUUCGAAGCUGAUGAGAUGUACUCGGUCCUGGACCCUGAGCGCGAUCAGGGCAUUGACAUCAUUUACCAGACAAGUGCCGAGUUCCAGCAGCCUUUGUCCGAUGAUGCGGUCAACAAUUACCUGGUCUCUGGUCUGGAUCCGAUCGCCUUUGGCAAUCUUGCUUAA